GUCAUGUGAGCUUUCCUGUGGUGAUUUGCCUCCAGACGCUUCUCAACUGCAACUUGAGUCAUCGACUUUCUUGAGUCUCUACAGUCGUUUGGCAAAGACUGAGGAGUUCAGAGGCAAUCUUGCCAUUUCUCACGAUUUGUGUCACCACAAGAGACCUUUCCUAGCCACAAAUUUCAUCAGGACGUCCCCAGAGAGUUCAAGAAGAAUCAUGGUGUUCGACAGGAUUGUAAUCCAGUUCAUGGAUAGCUUUGUGUGGUGCUUCCUGCUUCUGGUCAGUGCAAAUUGCAUGAUUAGAAUCACAACGGCCCAUCAUGAGAAAGUGCUGGUAGAAGCUCAAUCGGUACCACUGUCUUCAGAAGCUCCAGUGAGUCCUGGGAUAUUUGUAGAUGAAAGGACAACAGAGGCGAUAAAGGAGAACACGUCUCCUCCCGCCUCCAGGGACCUUCCAGUUGCUAAGGAUUCCCCACAGAGCAGAUCACAGAGACUGGAACUCCUGGAUAAUAUUUUCAAUAUUCCUAUUGCCACCCUGAAGGCUGUAAAUGAACUUGUGCAGAGCAUAGCAUCGAAUUUUCACGUCUCUGGGGUAACUCACGUUGAUCACAGAUCAAUAAAAGACUCCCCCGCAAGGACGACAGAAAAAUCAAACCAAUGAAUAUUAAUUGGUACUAUCUCCAGGGCAAAUCGUCAAUUGUAUAGAGGAAGGACAAUAGAGCUCAGUGAAUAGUUUUGAGAAUUUGCAGAUUGGGAAAAUGGUUUUCUUUCUAUCCUCUUUCAAUUUUUUGUUGUUGUGUUCAUUUCCGCCUUGCAAAAAGCAAACAGAAGAAAAUGUGAAACAAUUUAUCUUGGGGAUAGUACCAGAGAUGUCCAAUUGUUUAGUCCCUCGAUGGAUCCCACAGAUAUUGUGGCAAAUUCUCUAAAUUUUCCAUCUGCACCAAUUUUGCGUGCUAAAAUGCAAAAUGACUAAGGGAUAAGCCUGGGAGAAUUUCUAUAUUGUGAAUAUUGGAAAGUUUCUACAACUUUAGAUAAACUAUAACUACUGCGGACUUUUCAAUUUGUACCCAAAAAUAAACAUUGAGAGCUCAAAUACAAUUCUCAUGGAGUAAAUUGAAAACUUCUGGCUUCAUACAAAUUUGUAAAAAUACUUUUUGGCCAAUCUAAAUUUCCCAGCGAGAUAUAGUUUUAUUUAGAAAAUUAAAUAAAAGAGGACAUAAAACAUUUACCUUAUCAAACCAGUUUAAACAUGUACAUUUUAUAAGAAUAAUCAUUGUUAAUUUAUUCAUAUUUUGUAUUCUUUGUCAACUCAUUUUGAGGUUUAUCGGCAAUAAACGAAAAUAAAUACCAUAAAAA